AUGGAGGCAAAGGAUGCUGCGGCAGCGGCGGUGCCGCCGGCGGGCAACGCAGAAGGGCCUGUCACAGCUGAGGCGCUCAGGGCCAAGCUUGAUCAGCUCCGCGAGACGUUCACCAAGGCCAACACGAUGAUCGACAUCUUCAAGGUCGCCCAGGCAGCCCAGCAAAUCGCAAAGCAGUCGAUCGAUAGUAUAUCCAAGCGUCAGGAGGAGGAGCGCGCGCGCGCCGCGGCGGCCGCGGCGGCGCGCGACGCCGAGCGCCGCGAGGCCCUGCUGCGCGCCGCCGCCGCUGGCGACGACGGCGUCAGCUGCGUGCUGCUGCAGCUGCCGGGGGAUGAGAAACCUGGCGGCCGCGGCGGCGCCGCGGCGGCUGCGCCUAACCCGCCUGCUCAGCAGCCCCAGCAGCCCCCACAGCAGCAGCAGGCCCUACAGCAGCAGCAGCAGCCGCAGCAGCAGCAGCAGCCCCCGCAGCUGCAGCAGCAGCAGCAGCAGCAGCAGCAGCAGCAGCAGCGCAAGCGCGGCCCCGACGACGCAGCGCCCGCCGCCAGCCCCUCCCGCCCCGCCGGGCCGGCCGCCAAGCAGCAGAAGCGCGACAUCCGCGACGCCGUCUGCUCCUGGUGGGACGUGCCCUACUCGCAGCAGCUGCAGCGCAAGGCCGCGGCGGUGCAGCGGGCGCUCGCUGACGUCACCGCUCAGUGCCGGGCGGGGUACGCGCACCAGGAGCAGCCGCAGUGGCUGCGGGAGGCGAUCGAGCGGCCGGGCAAGGCCGCGGCGCCCCUGGCCUCCAUCAUCAGGUCACCCCAGCUGGAGGGAUACAGGAACAAGGCCGAGUUCUCAAUAGGGCUGGACGAAGCAGGCCGCCCCGCGGUCGGCUUCCUGCUCGGCUCCUUCAAGGUGCGGCCGGCCACAUGGGCGCCCGUUGCGCGCCCGAUGGCGGAGGCUGUGGGGUAG